ACACAACUCUCCGAUCCCAACUAACUGACUUCCAGGGUUUCUCAACUCGGAAACCCUAAACCGUCCAAACCACCACAAUUCCAUCAACUCACAGUACACGCUUAAACUCCCUUUUCAAAUCCAAGGUUUUUCUCUUUAAAUUAAGAAUGUACGUAAAGGAGAUAUGUUUAGAGGGGUUCAAAUCUUACGCAACAAGAACAGUUGUACAAGGAUUUGACCCUUUUUUCAAUGCAAUCACGGGGCUGAACGGGUCGGGCAAGUCGAAUAUUUUGGAUUCGAUUUGCUUUGUCUUGGGUAUAACUAAUCUGCAGCAAGUUAGGGCUUCGAAUUUGCAGGAGUUAGUGUACAAGCAAGGGCAAGCAGGGAUCACUAAAGCAACAGUGUCAAUCAUGUUUGAUAAUUCUGACAGGAGCAGGAGUCCUCUUGGGUACGAGAAUCAUUCUGAGAUUACUGUUACAAGACAGAUUGUGGUUGGUGGAAGGAACAAGUAUUUGAUCAAUGGAAAGCUAGCCCAGCCUAGCCAAGUUCAAAACCUUUUUCAUUCAGUGCAGCUGAAUGUUAACAAUCCACAUUUUCUCAUUAUGCAAGGACGCAUUACUAAGGUCUUGAACAUGAAACCUCCAGAGAUCUUAUCAAUGCUUGAAGAGGCUGCUGGGACAAGAAUGUAUGAGACAAAGAAAGAGUCUGCAUUGAAAAUACUAGAGAAGAAACAGAGCAAGGUGGUUGAAAUUAACAAGCUUCUUGACCAGGAGAUAUUUCCAGCUCUGGAAAAGUUGAGGAAGGAGAGGAUGCAAUAUAUGCAAUGGGCCAAUGGCAAUGCUGAAUUGGAUCGACUCAAAAGGUUUUGUGUUGCUUAUGAUUAUGUUCAAGCAGAGAAAAUCAGAGACAGUGCAGCUGGGGAGGUGGAACAAAUGAAGGCUAAAAUUGCUGAGAUUGACCAUAAUGCAGAUCGAAUGCGGGUGGAAAUACAACAAAAGGAGACCCAAGUAUCAAAACUGACUGCUGAAAAGGAAGCCAGUAUGGGUGGGGAAGCAAAAACUCUAUCAGAGAAUGUAGAUGUGCUAGCUCAAGAUCUUGUGCGAGAGUUAUCUGUGUUGAAUAACAAAGAGGAUACAUUAAGGAGUGAACAGGAGAAUGCUGAAAAGAUUGUUCAUAGUAUUGAAGACUUGAAGCAGUCUGUAGAAGAGAGAGCCACUGCUGUUAAAACGUCUGAAGAAGGAGCAGCUGAUCUCAAAAAGAGAGUUGAAGAUUUUUCCAAGAGUUUGAAAAAUUAUGAGAAGGAAUACCAAGGUGUACUAGCUGGGAAGAGCAGUGGUGAUGAGGAGAAAUGCCUUGAAGAUCAACUGGGUGAAGCAAAGGUUGCAGUUGGAAAUGCUGAAACAGAAUUGAAACAAUUGAAAACAAAAAUUAACCAUUGUGAGAGAGAACUGAAAGAGAAAACACAUCAGUUAAUGUCAAAGUGUGAAGAAGCUGCUGCUGUACAGAAUGAGCUUAGUGCUAGAAGGAAAGAUGUGGAAAAUGCUAAAUCGGCAAUGGAAUCUCUUCCAUAUAAGGAAGGCCAGAUGGAAGCUUUACAGAAGGAUCGUGCAUCUGAAUUGGAACUAGUGCGGAAAUUGAAAGAUGAAAUACGAGACCUUUCAGCGAAACUAUCAAAUCUUCAAUUCACAUACCGGGAUCCUCAGAGAAACUUUGAUAGGUCAAAAGUAAAAGGCGUGGUAGCUAAACUUAUUAAAGUAAAGGAUAGAUCCACAAUGACUGCCCUAGAGGUUACUGCAGGUGGAAAGUUAUUUAAUGUUGUUGUAGACACUGAGAGCACUGGAAAACAACUUCUUCAAAAUGGUGAUCUCCGCAGAAGAGUCACAAUUAUCCCCUUAAAUAAAAUUCAAUCCCAUACUGUACACCCUAGGAUUCAGCAGGCUGCUGUUAGAUUGGUUGGCAAGGAGAAUGCAGAACUGGCACUUUCUUUGGUCGGCUAUGAUGAGGAAUUGAAGACUGCUAUGGAAUAUGUUUUUGGUUCAACAUUUGUUUGCAAAACCAUGGAUGCUGCAAAGGAGGUUGCUUUCAGUCGAGAAAUCCGCACUACUAGUGUCACUCUUGAAGGCGACAUCUUCCAGCCAAGCGGUCUUUUAACUGGCGGAAGCCGCAUGGGUGGAGGCUAUCUGUUAAGGCAACUCCAUGAAUUGGCAGAGGCUGUAUCAAAUCUUCUACUACAUCAGAGAAGGUUAUCUGAAAUUGAAGCAAAGAUUACAGAGCUCUUGCCAGUUCAUAAAAAGUUUGUGGACCUUAAAAAACAGCUAGAACUUAAACUGUAUGAUCUUUCGUUAUUUCAGGGAAGGGCUGAGCAAAACGAGCACCAUAAGCUUGGUGAAGUGGUAAAGAAGAUUGAACAGGAGCUUGAAGAAGCAAUGUUUGCAGCCAAAGAAAAGGAAAUUUUGUAUAAUGAGUGUGUUAGUACAGUGUCAAAGCUUGAGAAAUCAAUCAAAGAGCACGAUAAUAACCGAGAAGGCAGGCUCAAAAACUUGGAGAAUCAAAUUAAGGCUACAAAAGCACAAAUGAAGUCAGCUUCAAAGGACCUCAAGGAGCAUGAAAAUGAAAGAGAGAGACUUAUCAUGGAACAAGAAGCAGUCGUGAAAGAACAUGCAUCUUUGGAGAGUCAAUUAGAUUCUUUGAGAACACAAAUCAGCCGUCUCAAUUUUGAAAUAGAAGAACAAAAAGCCAAGGUUGCUUCCACACGCAAUAAUCAUGAUCAGGCUCAAUCUGAGCUCGAUUCAAUCCGUCUAAAGAUGUUGGAAUGUGAUUCCCAAAUUAGUAGCAUUCUCAAGGAGCAGCAUAAACUUCAACAUAAACUUGGUGAGACAAAGCUUGAAAGGAAGAAGUUGGAGAAUGAGGUGAAAAGAAUGGAAAUGGAGCAGAAAGAUUGCUCUAUGAAGGUGGACAAAUUGAUAGAGAAGCAUGCCUGGAUUGCUUCUGAGAAGCAGCUAUUUGGGAGAAGUGGGACUGAUUAUGAAUUUAUGUCCCGUGAUCCCACUAAAGCAAGGGAGGAACUUGAGAGAUUGCGAGCGGAGCAAUCAGGGCUUGAGAAAAGGGUGAACAAGAAAGUUAUGGCAAUGUUUGAAAAGGCAGAAGACGAGUACAAUGAUUUGAUGUCGAAGAAAAACAUUAUUGAGAAUGACAAGUCUAAAAUCAAGAAGGUGAUUGAAGAGCUAGACGAGAAGAAGAAGGAGACUCUCAAAGUUACAUGGGUUAAAGUAAACAAUGACUUUGGAUCUAUCUUUUCCACUCUGUUGCCGGGCACCAUGGCAAAGCUAGAACCUCCUGAAGGUUGCAGUUUCCUAGACGGUCUUGAGGUUCGUGUUGCUUUUGGAAGUGUCUGGAAACAGUCGUUGUCAGAACUAAGUGGAGGCCAACGCUCUCUGCUUGCUCUAUCUCUAAUCUUGGCGUUGCUUCUCUUCAAGCCAGCUCCACUUUAUAUUCUAGAUGAGGUUGAUGCGGCUCUUGAUUUAAGCCACACACAGAACAUAGGGAGAAUGAUUAAAGCUCACUUCCCGCACUCCCAGUUUAUCGUGGUUUCACUGAAAGAAGGCAUGUUCAACAAUGCUAAUGUUCUUUUCCGGACAAAAUUUGUGGAUGGUGUUUCCACUGUACAGAGGACUGUUGCCGCUAAGCAGAACAAGUGAUUGCUUUAAUAUGGUCAGGUUCAAUUGGUUAUAUUGCUUUACCAGUAUUUACAAUCACUCUUUUAUCGUUUACAGGGGAUCUUAUUUUUUUCAAUUGAUGUUGCUACUGAUUAUACUUGGGCAGAUAGUGUAAUACCAAGCUACUAUAUAUUUUUUUAUUCUAGAAAAGGGAUGAGGAGUUUCGACCUUCUUAAAUUCAUGUUCUGAAGUUGUGUACUUUGUAAUUAAAUGUCACUCGAUAAUAUUGAUGCGGAGUGCUUGCCUUUCGAGUCUCAAGCAACUGUCAAACUAAAAUCUGUGCUCUGUGAUCAAUGGGAUUUAAAAGCUCUAUUUAUUGAA